GCUGAGGCAUGCGCCGGCGUUCCCGCGUUCACCUGCGAGGGUAUAAAAGAUCGCGCGACGAGCGCAUCUGGCUCAGUUGCGAGCCUCGUAAGCAAGGUAUUAUCGUCCUACCCAAGCAAGAAGGGUGCGAUCUACAAGCAAUCGAUCGAUCAUUUUAAUUAUCGUCUCAGGAAUCAUCGAUCAAUUGAUCGAACGAGAGAUUAAUACAGCCGAUACAGUGUGCAAAGUUCGUGGAAACACCGCUGGUAACAAGUGUUUUUGCGUGGAAAUCCGUCACUCGAGCGAGGAUACAGGCACAUCGUGAAAUCGUAUACGAAUUCUGCCUUAUCCUUUUCCUGGAUUGUUUCCGAAUUUCUUCACGUGGAAAGUAAGUGAAACUUUUCGAGUGAAACAAGUCAUUGGAUGUCCAACGACAUGGAAGACUCCGCGCGGCUGACCGAUCUAAGCGAUCACCGUCAGCAUCAUCAUCAUCGCGCUCGCACACACGACAACGAUGACGAAUGUAGCACUGACAGCGGAUGCAGUAGCGGCGGCAGCAACAGCAGCACCGGAAGCGGUCUCUCGCGUCGCAACAGCGGCGAACGCCUGUGCCGAUCCGGUUGUGCACCGAGGAUGCUGGAGCAGCGGUUGCGUGGACGAUCGACGCGGUCGCAGGAGCGACUCGACGGCAGCAGAUCGUCCGAGCGUACCUGGAGUCCGCCCGAAGACGCGAGGAGUCGCGGCGGCGUUUCACCCUCGUCGUAUUCCUCGAGUCCGUCAGAAGCGCACAGCAGCAACGACAGCGACUUCUUGAAGAGGCCGUCGUCCACCGCGGAGACGCUGCGACGGGCGUUUCAGAGCCUGAAGCUCGCUUCGUCCAAGUGGGAAGGCGGCAGCAAGGACAGCAAGAAGCACGCGAAGAAGAGUCCCAAGAGGAUCCUGCGUAGCCCGGUGCCGUACGUGUACGUACGCGGACCGUCCGGUCUGCCAACGCAGAGGGUUCCGCGGAACUCUGCCCUUCAGCAUCAAAUGAUACAUCCCUACUCUUGCCAGGAUCUAAUUGGGCUGUAUCGAUAGAUCAAUCGAACUGGCUCGAAGAGCAGCGUAAAUUUUCGUUCGCCAGGACCAAGACACUCCCUGCCAGGGAGAAAAGUUACGUUAAGAAUAAUAGGAUAAGGAUAGAUCUCAAUCUCGAUCGUCGUACCGGCGUUAAAAUAUUCUCGUUUCGACGGUUUUUACGAAAUUCGCGUGCGAAUCGCGGGAUCGUUAUAUCUUCCGAAAUACUAUUUUAUGGAUUUCCUCCUCCGCUUUCUCACUCGCCGUUCAUUCAGCUACACAAUUACGCGAUUCCUGCCGGAGCCUACUCGGUCGGAUUCUCCUUCCUCAAAGUAGUAUGAGUCAGGUAUAACGCCGGAUCGACACGCGAACUCGUUCAAACGCGGUCGACCGAUGAGAAAGGAGAAAAUAAUGAAUUCAAAAGGCGAUAAUUAGAUUAAAUAUAUGCAACGAUCAUGUUAAACAUAGAUGAUCCUCGAUACACGGAAAAAGCAGAUUUUCAUUAAAAAUUCAUUUAUCUUCUAUUAAAAAUGGUAGCUCGAACACCAGUGCGCUAUCGAAGAAUAGACGAACGCCCAGUUCCUUGAAUUAUUCUCUAAAUUAUUAAUUAGUUCCGAAUUGGAGAGAAAUAUCGAGCUUCCAUGUAUUCAGGAUCAUCCGUACGGCAGUUUCUAAUACUUUUGCAACGUACAACCUUUUUACUCAAAUCUCCUUCAUAUCGAUCGUCGUAGAGUGUUUAGGGCUGAAAUACUUCUCAAUAUAUAUGCACACCAAUAAUCACAAUCUCGCAAAAUUCAUCUAGAUACUUUCCUCAAGUCUGAAUAAAUCUUCGGCAAUUAAAUAUACAGGAUUGUGUUUAGCAUGCGAUAUACGUACAGACUGAUAGAUUUAAUAUUACAUUACUCUGUCAUUUACAUUAGUAAAUCUACAUAGGAUUUUAUCAAUUUACAUCACUAUCUUUAUUGUAUCUUUCACUAGUAAAAGUUUACUCGAAAAUUGCUCCAAGUUGAAUGAAUCUUUAACGCGGAGAGUUGUCACAUAAUAAUAAUAAGAAUGAUAUCAUAAAGGUAUUGUAUUGUUUAAUACGCGAGAAAAUUGCAACUGCCUUUCAGGUGCAUUCUAACGGGUCUCCCGUUUCAAGGUUUAAAUUAAUGUUGCGGCGAGGAUUGACGUAGGCACCUGAAGGUCGCGCGAACGAUUGACAAUUAUUUCACGUUUGCACUUCUCGUCCGUUCAUUCAUCGUGCUGUUACGUCGUGAUGUGACGGCACCACUAUGCUUUUAUCGGCGCUAACAAUGAAAGACGCGGUUCGUUACAAUCGCGCGAUAGAAGUCAAUUAUAUCGACGCAUAUAGAUCGCAGAUCUCUAACACCAAGUGGUUUCGAGUACAUUUAUGUGUAAACAUAAAGAAAAUCGAACAACAGUAAGCAACUCUUAACGAAUCUCAUUAAGAAUAAUUUAUAAAUAUACAUUUUUUUAUCUUACCUUUAAAUCAUAGUGAUAUCGUUUUCCUCUUUGUUCACUCUAUAUCACAUUCUAUUCGAGUCAAUUUCACUUGAAAUGCAUUAUUCAAUUAAUAGCGCAAUUGAGUAAUUCAAUAGUUAAUAAAUAAAAAUUAACGUCUCAAAAUUAUUUCAGAUCUAAGAUAAAAAAAGUGGUUCUUAACAUUUCCACGUGGUAGUUGCGGAUUAUACUGUACAGAAAGAACUAAUCUCCCGUGUAAAAAUAUCGUUUACGGAGAGUUGUUAUUCCGCGCAAUCCAUUGCGACUGUGCGAAUAAGAAAUCGUUCAUUCAUAUAGUACAGUAUUAAAGCGCAAGAAUCGAGAUUAUUGUAUCUACGUAGAAGAUAUGUACAUACGUUGUAAGAAUAAGAAUCGCGGCGGAUCUCACGUUAUCCUUCGUGGAAAAUUAUAAGCGAAGCAUAUCGGUAUUUCGAACUUGACUCAUCAUUUCGCAAAUAUCCAUAGCUUUCAAACGUAUUAACGAGCCAAGGUAACUUCGAAGCUACAAUUAGAAGAAAUAAUAUGUGUGAUUUAAAUUUUAUAUAUGAUUCGAUAUAUUGCUAAAUGUAUUUAAAAAAAACUUUUAAUUAGAUUUAGAAAAGUUAAGUUUUGCAUUCGGAAUUUUAAUUUACUUAGAAAUUAUUUCACUCGGAUCACACGUUUGUUUUCAGCGUAAUUAGAUUGGAAAUAAUUGAUUAUUACAAAUUUUUUUCUGAAAACUAUUGUAAAUUGAUACCGAGAACGCGAUAUGAACCGAGUGGCUUGUUAAUAUUCAUCAUGAUUAUUUCUUUCGUUACAUAAGAGCGACGGAGAACUGAUUAAUUAAUGCCUGAUUAACCUUACGCGUGGCGAGAUUGGCCACUGAUGUAAUCGCUUUGUGCGAUUAUUAUUAUUAUUAUCAUAAAAAAUAUGCGACAAUUGCGCGCCGAAAAAAUUCUUCGCAACUGGCAAAGACUGACUUAAAAAAAUGGACAAAAUAGAAAAAGAUAAAAAAAAAAAAUGAAAAGUCAUACUUGCAAGAGUUCGCGAUUGUGAGAGAAGAAAAAGGAUGCGACGAAUGAAAUCUGUAAAGAACGUUUGUGCGAUUCAUCUCUAGUGCCUUGUAGAUACUCCCUAUACGAUUAGAUGUUAUCAAUUGGCGAAAAUAUGAGAGAGAGAGAGAGAAAGAAGCGUUAGGGAGAGAGAGAAAGGGACAGAACCAUAUCUACCACUCGGGCUGUCAUUGUUACGUAAACGUAUAAGUACGAUGAUGUAACUGCGUAUAAUAAUCGUCUGGUGAGAAUGAUACGAUAGAAAAAAAAAAGGAUGGAUAUUGAUUACUCAGGAUUGGAUGUUUUGUAUCGUUUUGUCUAU